AGUUUUAACAUUUAUUUUGUUUUUAAACGCAAUGUUUAUAGAUGAAAUGUCAAUCGUUCUUUCGAGUCGUUAGAUUGCUGUGUUUUGACGAUCUGUAAACUACAGUUUCUGUUUUAUGUGUAAAAAUACAUUAAAUGGUCAUAUAUUUGUACACAGAUCUGGUACUCGGGAGUCUGUUCCUGGAGACGAAUGACCACUGGAGAAGGGAGCGAAAUAGGACCAUGUGAAAAACAGCAGCGCCUUUAGUGAAACGGGGUCGGUUGUGCUGUAGUGUCCAGUGUUGCCGGAGGUUUCCUGUCCCGGCUCGGGGUCGUCGCCAUGGCUGCGAUCUACUCUGGUGUUCACCUGAAGCUGAGAAGCCCCCGGACCCCCUGGGAGGACAAGCUGAAGUUAGCCCGCUUCGCCUGGGUCUCCCCGCAGUGCUUCCUACCCAACAAAGAACAGGUAUUACUCGAUUGGGUGAGCCAUGCUUUGAUUGGCUACUAUGGCAAGAAGUUUGAAUUGCAGCAACACUUAGUGGACGGUUUGUGGGCCUACCUGGAUGACAUUCUGCACAGCAAGAAGCUUCAGGGUCUGCUCAACAAAGGCAAAACCAUCAGCUUACGUUUUGCGAUGGCGCAGGUCAUAAAUGAGAGGAUUUCGGAAUCUGCAGGGUCGACGUCACCUUUGAAUGUCUCCCCGGUGCUGAGCUGCUGCCAGAGCAUUCUGUCUUCCGCUGCGCUGUCAGUCACUUACACCGCCAAAUACGAGCUGAUGAUCGAGCUGCUCGGUCGCCUCUGUGCGCUCGCCUGUUCCCUGUUGCCAUCACGGGCAUCUGAGGAGCCACUGAGACUUCGGGUCUUUGAAGUUCUGCUCGUGGCCUUGAGCAGCUACCUGGUGGUGCAGAAGCAGCAGGGCAACGCGAACCGUGUGUUUGCCCAGGUCACGAGCCACCUCCUCCCACCCUUCCUCUUCCUGAGGCACCUCCUGAUGUCCAGGACGGGGACGGCCGAGGACGGCAUCGCCGUCCGCCAGCACCUGGGCAGGGACACCCGGGGCAAACUGGAGGCGGUGCUGCAGUCUGCUCUUUUUCUGCCGGAUCACCUCCCGUCGUACUCGGAGGAACUUCUUCGAGGAAAGGAAGCGGCCGGAGCCAAGAAGGCGGCCGUCUCGAAGGGCUUGCUGUCCCCGGUUCGCAUGAUAAUCGAGAAGCUCGGUGAUGCUGAAUUUUGUGAUCCCACUGUGGGUUUUAUCGUUCGAGCGAAUUCGCUUCCUUUGCUCUUCAAGUUUUCCUUGGAUGCCUUCUGCAAAGGAGGACAGAACCAGCUGGUCGGCUUCCACUUGCUUGCACGCUUUGUUGCUGCUUUGGGCCUUUUUGAAGAAAGGUCAGUGGAGGAGCUGUCCAGUGCUGGGAACUGGAAUGUUGCUUUGCUUUCUUUGGAGAACCUCCUGAAUUUGAGCUUGAGUGCAGACCUGUAUAACGUAGCUGCGGACCGAAUCCACCACAGUGAGGCCCAGUUUCUGUUCUACAGAAAAGUGGCCCAGUUUUUGUUCAACAAUGUGCAGCCCACAAUUCCAGCCUGGUACAGGUGCCUGAAGGCUCUCCUGUUGCUCAACCACUUGAUAGUGGAGCCCGAUCUCGAUGAACUUGUGUCCUCAGCCUGGAUCGAUGCUGACUGCAAUGAGCCACGUGUACAAAAAGCCCGAGAAGCUUUGCUUGGUGAUUUGCUUCAGGUCUAUGCGAAACUGCGUCAGCUUCCCAGGCUCUUUGAUGAGGUCCUGGUCAUAAUCUGCCGCCCAGCUGCUGAUGAUCUGAGGCCGCCAGUCUUGUCUGCUGGCGUCUGUGGGAACCUUAGCAAGUGUCUCUUGGACGUUUCUCCUGGCCAGAGCUUGGAGAUCUGUAGCAUGAUUCUUGAGAAGUGCCAUACUUACCUGCUCCCCGACCUGCAGGGGAAGGAUGACAUGGCCUUGAAACUGUUCUCACUGAGCUUGGUUCUGCAUUUCGUGCUCUUCAAUGUGAAGUGCCUGGAUAAUAGUACCCCAGCUCCCAUUGUGAAGCGCUCACAAAGUCUUCUGGGUGAAAUGCUUGGGAUUUUAAGACCUUUGAUUCGACUUCUCCAGGAACACUUGCCAGGAGCUCUGUGGAUUGAAAAGGUGAGGGAAGCUGCUCUGCUUCUCAGUUACACCUGGGUGGAGGUGGACACCCUCUUUCAGCUUCACUGUAGCAAGUAUGUCUCCCCAGCUGACCCAUCCGACAGCCUUGUCACGGAUGAGGGCACAGCCCUUCUACCUGGUAUGUCAGCAGAGGGCUGGGACGCGCUUGCGCCAAAGGAUCAUGACUGUAGUCCUGUCAGUCAGCUGCUGCUGGAGCUCCUGGCUCUCCAGAAAAUUAAAAAACUUUCCCUGAGGAUGGAUCUUGCACCGGAUCCCCACAUCCAGGACUCGCUUUGUAAGUCUGCUGAGUUUAUUUUGCGUUCAGGGAACGGCUCCCUAACCCAACUGGACUCCAAGCUGUGGGACACUCAGAUCAGCAGUGUAGAUGCCAACACAUAUCCCGCGGCUCAUUGGUUUCUUGUUACUUCAAACUUAGCUUUGAUUACUCCAUACCUUUCGGAUGAAGAUCUUUCUCACCUAGCUAAUGCUCUUCUGAGCUCUGUCCUUCACAGGGAUGCGUCAGGUGGCGAAGAAGAACAAGGAACCUGCCUCUCAGUUUCUCUCAUUUCCAAGCACUUGCUUAACAGCAUGAUACUUGUUGAGUUUCCAUCUGUGUAUUCAGCUUUUGUCAGGUGUGUGUCCCGAAAGAUCAUCAGAAUCCUCUGUGCUUCCGAACAAGGUCCCCAGAAUGAAGGCCUCCAGCUAUUAGCUACAUUGGACAGUUCUGUGGCUGGAGAUGAGAAAGGAGGUACUGUCUUGGAAGCGAGCAGCCACACUCGUGAUCCUGCUGCUGCUUGGACAAGACUAGAGACUGCAGCCCAAGAGAUCCUGCGCUCCUCCAAGACUUGUGACCCGAUCGUUUUGUCGGAAUCACAGCUAGAAAGCCUUCUGGAAUUGCUUCAAGUUGCCAGAACCCUGAACCCUGAUGGUCUGUCUCCUGAAGACCACACAGAGUUUGCUCUACUUUUGUUCUUCAUGGCUACGAACAUCUACGCCAGGUGUGACACUGAGAGUGCAAAAACUGUAGGGUUGCUGCAGGAAGUCUAUCUUCUCCUGGCCUCUAUGCAGUCUGGAAGAAAUAUGGGGUCUAUCCUAAGAGUGGUGCAUGGCAGUGACUUUUUAGAAGCAGUGAUGGUCUUCCUGUUUUCAUUGAGCAAGAAGCACUUGUUUGGAGCUGUGGAGAAUUCGGCCUGGCUGGCCUUCCUUCACAUAAUUCAGAACUUCCUUCAGUGCUUCAUUGAGGUGAUAAUAGAGAGAAGGAAGAGUGUCCGUCUUAAUCUGGAAAAGUUUGUGUCUGUUGUCAUCGGCGGUGACGUGGCAUCCGCUAUUUUGUCCAAACAGCAGGUGGGAGCUCAUAGGCCUGGCUGUGUCCAGCUUCUGUUGGCGUCCCUGGCCACUCUGUGCAAGGUCAUGAUUUCACAUCUUGACAAGAGCAAGCAACUGGAAGAAACCCUGUCGGGCCUUCUGGAGAGGGUGACGGACACUCUGGGACCUGUGAUCCAGACCUGCCUGAAGAGCCAGUCCUGCAGCAUGCUGGGGCAGUCCUUCUCCGUCUCCAUGGUGACAGUCCUCCUGGAGGCGGAGCUGGCCCGUGGCUCGUCAGAGUCCCCAGAGGGAGAGUGCCAGGAGAGGCAGUGUCUGCGCUAUUCGGGACUUUACUGGGGCUUUGCCCAGCAGAUCCUGCGGGAGCUGUCUUCCUCUCCUCGGCCCCUGGACUUCCUCAACUCAGCACUCCGGUUCCUCACGGCCUUCUGUCCAGCAGCAGAGAGAACCAAGGAGCCAGGAUUAGACAGCUUUUACAUGUCCACUGUGCAAAACGUAAAAAACCUGCUCACAGCUCCCUGGCUUUCACUGGCUGAGGUCAGGAAACUAGAAACCCCCCUGCAGGAGCUUCUGGAGCAGCUGGUGUCCAACAGCACCCAGGAGCAGUUCCGCUUCACCCUGCUUGCGCUGAGAGACGGAAUGGGGGCUUCAUGGCUUCGGAGUGGCCGCACUGGGGAAGUCUUUUCAUCAGUGAUGUUAACCAAAUUACUCGUGAGCUGCCCCAUGGAGGAAGACUGCGCUAAGGUCUUCUGGUUCCUGGCACCCCAGAUCAUCAGUACCCUAGUGUCUGUGCUGAAGGAGGCCGGUAAGGAGGUGGCACUCACCCCUGGGCUGGCUGUCCCUGCCCUGGAGGCAGUCAGGGCUCUGCUUCGCCAAGGGGAGGGGCUCAUCACCAACCCCCAUCACGUGACGGUUGUGUUCGGUGCCCUGCAGUCCGUGCCGCUUGACCACCUCACGGUGCAGGACUACUACGCUGUGUUCCUGGCCAUUCAUGAGGUUCUCUUCACUGUUAUACAGUGUCACCCACAGGUGGUGCUGAAGGCGACCCCUUGCUUCCUGAACUGUUUCUUCCGCCUGAUCGCCUCCAUCAUGCACGAGGGCCGGCAGAAAGCGGAGGACGAGAAGGGUUCUGAGGCGGAGUUUGAACUCCUGCUGAAGUGCGCGCAGCUGGUGGAGAGGAUGUGCUCGCACAUCGCCACUGUCGCGGAGCAGUUCACCGUCCUCUGCUCUUUCAUCAUUGCUCAGUAUGUCAGCGAGCUGCAAAAGGUGACGCUGCACCCCAAGAUAAAGAGCCACCUGACAGAGGGGGUGUACAAGAUCCUGGACUUGUGCAUCGAGCAGGACCUCAAGUUCUUGAACACAGCCCUGCAAGCAGGUGUUAAGGAAGUGCUGAACGAGCUGUAUAGCAGUUACACACGCUACCACAAGACGCAGCGGCAGGGGGAGGAGAAGUACACAGCCUGAAGAUCUCCCCUUUCACACGAGGACUUGACUGACCUCUACAGCCGCUGUGUCACUCAGAAAAGUCGUACUAAACUGAAAUUAAACUGUGUCUUUCCCUGUUUUACCAAAGGUGUUUCGGCAAAAAGCCAUUUUGGUUGUUUUUUUUUUUGUGAAGUAAAAUGUACAAUUUUUGGAAAGAAAAACAUGUACACCCCCCAGAAAAAAACACUUUUUCCUUGGGUUCUGGCAAACGCAGCAACUAUCAGGUUAAGGUUUGACACAGUACAGGAUAUAAAGCUUUACAUUUUGGAGAAACAAAAAUAUUUAUCUUCUCAUUUUAUUCUUGCAUUUUUCUCUUAUGGUUCAAUCAAAGAAUCCUGAGUUGAUUUUGCUGUGAAAAACUGGAGAUCGCCCUGUUAGUGGUCUGUCGUGGCCACCAGGCUUUAAUGAAAGCACAGGAGUCUGUGAGGCUCAUACAGACGAGGUUGUACUUAGCUCUGCUAUCAAUCUGCCACUAUGCUUUGAACACAGGUGUGUCCAGGUCUAGCAAAUGGAUGUGACCAAUCAUGAUGGCAAAAUGUGUCCCCAUGGGUUACUGCCAGGUUGGUGCCUUCUGUCUCUGUCUCUUUUCUGUGAAGAAAAGCUGAAAGAGUCCCCUGCUUAAGUCUAAUGCAUCAGUGAAUAUUACAUUACUUUCAUGUGCGACCUUACUUUCUGAUCAUCAAAACAGAACAAAAUGUGUGGAGGACUCGAGAAAUGCAGCACAACUGUACAAAGACGGGUGCGUACUUUUGAAAUUAUUUGGGGAAUUACAUGUCAUUUCUGUCAUUUUUACUGAAACCAAGACAUGAUGACAUUUUUCAGCCGUUUGGUUGAAGAAGACAUGAAUGAAUCGCGAGAAGACAGGCCUGAUCAUAUCUAAGCCUUUGUCCUUCUAUUACAGUACAACCCCAGAUCCAGGUCUUAGGAUGGAGGAUUUUUCGGGGCCAGAUGCCUCUUGCUUCUGGCCAAUGAAAAGCUGCCAUUACCUCCUGGCUUUUUAAUUUAGUUUGAGGAUGUAGGCAUAAAGUUUGAUGAUAUCUAAAUCUCGCCCAUGGAUAUACUACCUGAAAAUGCCAAAUAUCAUCUGUUUACAUCUAAGUGGCUCUAUUUUUCCAGAGGAACCAGCUAAUAGACAUGACAAAGCUGUGAUGUAAUUUGUCAAUACAUAGUUGCCUAAGACUCCAUCAGGUCUGUUUUCAUUGACAGAUCAUGUUUGGAAGUGUUGAUUUACUUAAGUAACUCACAGUUACUGAAAUAUUUGGUUUUUUCCCAUUUUCCAUUUUUCAGGGUGCCAGAUUUUGGAAACCGGAAAGUCCGAGCUGAUGGGCAGGGCAAUAACAAAAGUGUGUUUCUGUGGUUUGAGUGCAUUAGGCUAAUGUUUGAUUUAUAGUUGGCAUUCCUCUUUGACCCUAGAAUGGCAACAACACUGCAUAAGAAUACCAAUGAAGACCUUCAGAUAUCUCUGCAAAAAAAAUGCACUCCCAACCUGAAGACAGUGUCAGUUUUUACUGCUUUUUUAACAGAAAACCUCUGGUACUUCCCUCCAGUUGGCAGCAACAUCAGAAUUCUCCAAAAACAUUUAUUUUCAGCGUUCUCUUAGUGCCUCAUUCCAGGUUGACAGUGAAACUCCUAUUAUACAAGUCUUAGGUUUAAAUCCAAUCGUCAGUGUGGUUAUCUUCCCUUUCCUUUCAAAUGUCAGUCAAUGGUAAUACCUUUUACAAUCCUUCACAUGGACAUAUGCAAGGAAUUCUAUAUUUUUGCCAUAGCACUUGGGUAGAAAAUAACAGUUACAGGCAGACUUGCACAAAUAAUAACAACAAUAAUAAUAAUGCCCCAAAAAGAAAAUGUUUCUAUAUGUCUAUAAAAGGAGACUUAUUUAGACAGUUUAUGUGAUGCUUCUUUAGGGACUACAAAUUAGCUUGUACUCCUAUAUCUGCCAUGGUCAUACUGUAGGAAAGAAAGGUAUAAUGAAGCCUUGUUCUGUCAGAGGGUGAAAUGAUCAUGUGCAGUAUUUAUUAAAAUAUAUUUUCUUUGACAAAGUCUCAUGGCUUAUCCCAGGGAAGAGCCGGUAACAUGAUGUUUACACUGAUAUGGCAUGUUCUUUAGAUUUUAAUGCUGGAAACACACAGCUGGGAUGAAUAAAAAGGUGUGUUUGUAAGCCUUGCCUGUUAAAUAUUGAAUUAAUGUCUGCAAUUUAUUUUAAGACGUUGACAGUCUUUUGUUUGUUUUGUUAUUGCAAUGGGUGUGCAAGUGUUUGUUUAAUGGAAGUGACACAGGGAGUUACACAUUCUGAAGCAGCACUUUGAUUAACAUCAAGGUAUUGUAAACCCUACGGCAGAUCAGGGCAGUGAUUAAAUGGAGGCUGCUUAUGCAAGACAAAUCUUUAAAAUCAUUCUCUGAAGUAAACAAGUUGUAUUGAUGUGCACCGCCUAGCUGUUGCUCGCUGUUCAGUCAGUGUUGUCUUGUACAAUGUAGUUUUUGUAAAGCUAAUUUAAGUCUUUAUAGGAAAUCUUGCAGAAUCAGCCAAUAUUUAAAUAGCGGCUAUGAAUUAUUUAAGUGAUGUCAAAACAGGUGCAGUAGAUGUAUUCACAGCAUUGUGAUUUAUGGAUUUUUUCUUUUAAUUUUGCAUGGUGCGUGAUUUUAGUAACUGCUCACAUGUCCUACUUCAGAGCUCCAAGAAGAAAAAUUGCUGGUGAAAAUGUUCAUCUUUUUUCCCCCCUAUUGAAUAUCCCACUGGAAUGCAUUGGCAAAUGCGAUAUUUGUCUCAAUGCUCCACUGUAAGACACUCAACUCUUUUUUUAAUAUCUAGCCCGCUAGUUUUUUUCUGACAGACUGCCAAGUGUUAUUUCUUAAUGUUCCUUUCAUUGUUUCGUAAUGUUUACUAUGUUCAAACUUUGCUUUGUUAAAUUUUACAGCGCUGUUUUGUUCAGCUGUCACCGCCUGGGAGUGACUUUCUCAAUACAUCAUAUCCUAACUGUCAUUCAAAUGAAAAAAUAAGUCAGGCUAUCAGUAUGAAAGGUCUGUCUUAAUUUCUUCUUGCUGUGUUUUGGCUCUACAAACUGCCUUUGUGAGAGGAGUAGUUUAUUUUCUCUGGAAACAUUUGCUCUGUCACAAUAAAAAUGGAUGUUAAAUGUGA